AUGUACGCCAGUAGAACACGCGUACCGCUCGGGUAUCAGGAGGGAAACCAGGCGCCCACAGGGGCCCCUGGUUUCGCCGCCUCGGACGCUCAAGGGGUGCUGGUCAGUGCACUGAACGCCCAGCGCAGCCGGUUCCACGAAACCUGCACCACGGCGAUCGAAACGAUGGACGGCCUCGCCGAGGUCCAUCACUUCAUGAAAGACGUCGUGGCGGUCUUCAAGACCUGUCUGCAGCUCGAACUCGACCGGGUUGAGAACGACGGCAGGGCGGUCGUGCUCCAUCUCGCGAUGAUCGACAUGAUGCGUCCGUUUGCGGUGUACGUGUUCUUCUUCGGGCUACUCGAGCAUGUCCCGGGCGACAUCACCCAUGAGAUGACGGAGGCGCUCGAGGACCGGCUCCCCUCCGUAACGGAAACCAUCAUAGCCGGGGCCAAGCUCUGCGACAGCUGGAGCAAGCGCAGCCUCGCUGUGAAGGUCACCUGCAAGGGCACCUGGUGCACGAAGUUCGUCGAUAUGAUCAGGAUCUUCGCGGAGCUCAAGGCGGACAUCGUGGCCGACUUCCAGCGCGCAGACGUCGACGUGGACUCCCCUCCAGACUACGACGUGAUGGUUCGCAUCAACGCCGACAGGGACUGGGCGAUGGGGGUCGUGUUCGAGCGCAUGCGCUCGUCUGACGAGACCGACGUGGCGAAGUGGGCCGAGCGGGGACGCGGGGCCGGAGCGAACGCUCCGCGCAACAACGCUGCCUUCCACAAGCAGCUCGUCGAGAAGGUGAACGAGGUGCAGAAGCGGAAGACAACAGUGCCGGGCAAGACAGACGCGAAGGCGCUUACGGUCAAGGAUUUCGAAGACGAGCUGAGCAAAAGUGUCGAGGAGACGAUCGAGAGCAACAAGGCAUUCGACCGCAAGUUCCACGCGAAGAAGGACAAACUCCAGAGCUUGAAGGACACCAUCACGCACUCCACCGAUCGGACGAUCAGCCAGAUACAGGGUGGUCCACAUGAGCGGAUUAUCGACCUGGACAUGCAUUACAUCUGGUUCGAAGAGGGCUGGAAGGGCAGCGCCAAGGCGAGGCACUUCGUCAUGGCCGUUCGCGACUACUUCGCCCUGAAGCAGUCCGACAAGGCAAAAUUCAAGGCGUUCAUCACGGCCAUAGACAUGCGGAUGAACGCGGCUCGCGGAUCAGACUUCGACCCUCACUCCGGCGACGACGUGAGCGCCGCCACUGCAGACUCCCCGGAGGACGACACAUGGGCGCUGGAGUCGAUCAGCGUUCUGCGCGUCCAGCCCAUCAUCGAAGCGAUGGACGAAGACGUCUCUUCGUUCAUCACCAUUCAGGAGCUCAACGACUUCACUUCGGCCCGCCCGGAAGAUUGGAGCUUGCCUCGAUGGAUUGCCUACUGGGCAUCCGGCUUCGAGAUGACAGCUCAAUGGUACUUCCGUCGCAUCCGGAGGCUGUUCGCUGAGAUCGCCACGGCGUCGCUUCAGCUUCAUCCGGGAAACCGCGCCGUCGUCAGUUCGUUCGUCUCUGCGCCCGCGGUCACGAUCGUCGAGUGCAUGUUGUACGGCCUGCGCGACGUCGAAGACUGGGACAACAAGAACUGGGGGGCGGAUAUGGAGUUCCAGCGGUUCAGCAAGUACGUGUCCCAACGAGAAGAGCAACUGGAACGCGAACUACGCUACUUCUCGUACGACCUGGACGAGGACAACUGCGUUUCGAUCGUUACCGGUGGAGGAAGGAUUGAGAAGCGCGGAGCGACGGAGCUGCUUCAUGAAGAAGAACUCAAUAUCCUCGAUACGUCCAUGAAAGUCCUGCUUAGGUUGGUUGGCAGUCGCGCGCAGGACCUCCAGGCGAUCUACAAGCUGCAAAACCUGGAGCCGAAAUCCCAGAUGCUCAAAUUCUCGUAUGGCCUGUUCUACGCUCUUGGGUUGGAAGACUUGAGCGAGAUUCCACCCACAAACUGGGAGAGGACUGUCGCAACCGACAUGUCGGAAAUCGUCGAUGUUUCCCUCCCUCCCGGGAUAGCCUCAGCGGGCGAACACCCUCUGUUCUACAACCGUGAGGAUGACGAAGAAGGCUUCCAAGAUCAGGAGGGCCGUCGCGAUCUUGUAUCAGCAUCGAUCUCGUGCGAUGGGUGCGACUCGACACUCGUCGGCACGGGCAAGGACAAGAUCGACGGCAUGGUAGAUUUCUGUUCAAGCUGCUUCACCGCCAACCCGACACCCGGGGACACCGGCCAUCGCGCGGACCACACCUGCGUGCAGCUCCGCGUCCCGUGCAUGCAAACGCACCGGUUCUCAUUGUUCGACUCCGCCAAGGAUCUCUCCGCGUGGGUCCCGAACCUUGGCCCCGGCGACGGGGAGACAGACGAGGAGGAGGAGGAGAUCCACCUCGCGCGCGGCACCAGCAUCUGGCACGGCGGCGGCGGCGCGCUGCCUCCCUGCGCCGAGUGUCAGUCGCUCGAGAUCGCCGGACCUUACUGGGCCUGCAUGGACUGUUCCGACCUCACGGUAGUGUGCUUUGACUGCAACGCCCGCGUCGAGGAGCGCAAGCCGUGGCUGCACGAAGACUCCGUCAACGCGGACGGCCACGCCUGGACGCACACGAUGGUUUCCGUCCACGGCGGAGCCCGGGGCGCGCAGGGGGGCGCGCAGGCGGCGUCCGGAAACGCGGCACAGGGCGCCGACGCGCUGCAGUUCGCGCGGAUGGAGGCGAAGGUGGACGCGCAAGCGUCGCAGCUCAGGUCGCUGGAGGCGAAGGCGGACGCGCAGGCCGCGCAGCUCAAGUCGCUGGAGUCGCUGCUCAGGGAGAUGGCGGCAGCGAUGCAGGGCGGUGCGUCCGGCGCGCCUGAUCGCUCCCGGGGGCCGGUCGCGCAGCCGGAGUCGGGCGAAGGCUACACAGAGGAUGGCCACAGCCGCGAGAUGCCGUCGGCCCACGCUGGCCACUCGCAGCCCAGUGAUGAGGAGAACGUCCAGUCCGAUGAUGGCGACGCGCAGCCCGCCUACGACCAUGACGGUCCCGCCAGUUACCAGUCUGGCUACGAAGGCAACACUCGGUCCAACUACGACAAUUACGGGCAGCCUAGCUACGAUCAACCCAGCCAUGGUAAUUACAACCAAGCUGACGACGAGGGAAACGGCUUCGACGACUGA